AUGCCAUCCUUAUUGAAGAGAAUCUCAUUCAGAGUUGCUGGAACAAACAACGAAAGAACAUUUACCCUAUCAUCAGUUUCUGAUGACGGUCAUUUUAUUUCUUUACGUCCCCUUAUUAAACCAGCUGGAGAGAAAGAAGUAGAAUUUCCAUUCGAAUGGGCCUUCGCAGGUACAAAUAAAGAUGUCGACGUCACUAAAGUGGAUGAGACAAAUGUUAGACAAGUUUUUAGAAUGGCAUUUGAUUCUAACGUUUACCUAAAAGUUCCAAAUGCAAGUUCUGAUCCUGUCGAUACCAAUUGGAAAACUUGGGACAGUGGAGUUCUUCAGGAAUCUGGUACAAUUUUCCCGUUCGGUGAUGACAGAGCUGUUGAAUUCGAAGAGAUAUGGCAACCAAUUGAUAUUGAAAGCGGUAAAUUGAUUUUAACUGAUUCAGCUGCAGCAAAUGGUAGAUCCAUCGUCCUCAAGGUCACAAACUCUAAUAAGUAUGGUAUUAUUAUUGUUACCGGCAAGUGGAUUCAAGGUCUAUUGGGCGAUCUUGAUGAUAGCUCCAUUAAAGGUUUAAACUUUAUUAGAUUCGUUCAAAACUCAGACGGUUCUCACCAAAAGCUUAUAAAUUACGGUUCUAACGUUGACCAAUUCCCAACAAAAUUUGACUCUUUGGAGAAGGGGGAAACCAUCGAUGUCAAUGGUGUUUCCUGGGAAGUUCUCGAAUAUCAUGUAUAA